GGGACAGGCAGGUCUACACCUCCAUACAGGCCUGGAAGGACUGCUGGGUGGGGCUGGGGGCUCCUAUCAGCUGAUGAGCAGAAAGGAGCGCCUCGUGCAGGACCAGAUGAUGCAUUCAUCAACAGGAGGGGGCACAUAAGUCACGGAGACCGCCUCAUCAUGUGACACUCUGUUCCUGUGCGCUCGCGCUGCUGCUGAAGAUCACGAUGGCUGCUUUUCUCUCCUGCACGUCUUGAUGUCAACUGGAGCUUAGUGGGACCGGGGGGGGUCCCACUACACGCACGAGCCAAACCUGGAGUUCUUAGAGCCACCGACUUUCCCAGAUUAGGUUUAAACAUGAUUUGGAGUGGAGGAAGGACGCGGUCGUUUCAUCGACCAGUUCAUCAUCUAAUCUGAAGGCAGUUUAUAAAGCUGAGGACUCCGAGAACAGAAAGGGUGAACACCUGGAUGGUACAAUGUGAAUGACUGAAGACCAUGAAGCCCACCCACAAGCUGCUGUUUUUCCUGUGUCUCGUGCUGGUCCUGGCCUUCAUUUACUACUUUUCUGGGAAGCUGCAUCUCCACGUAUGGGGCCAGAAGUCUCAGAAAGAUGCAGAGGAAACAGCUGUAGUCCCGACUAAAGGUGCUGAAGUAAACAGGAAGACAGAGACGGAAACGGACAUCACUGUUGGACGGAUAGGAGGCUCAGUGUACGAUAAGCAGGGCUUUCUACUGCAGCUGGACAAAAAACUGCCACCAGAGCUGGUAUACAAGUAUGGCAACCUCAGCGAAGGGGCGUGCAAGCCCGGCUAUGCAGCAGCCAAGAUGACCGCCAUCUUUCCCAAGUUCAUAAAACCGGCGCCCAUGUUUCUUGAUCGGACCUUCAAACGAUUAGCGAAAGUCAGCAAUUACUUGCCUCCAUUUGGCUUCAAAACACAAGAGAGAAUAAUAGACAACAUUUUAACUGGCACAAAAAAUUAUGGACUUGGAGAGGAGCUGGACAGUCUCAGCUGUAAAAGAUGCAUCAUCGUGGGCAACGGUGGGAUCUUGUUCAAUAAGUCUCUGGGCUCCCGUAUAGAUGAUUACGAUGUUGUUGUGAGGUUGAAUGAAGCCCCGGUACAUGGUUAUAGCAAAGAUGUAGGGACCAAAACCACCAUGAGGAUCACAUAUCCAGAGGGCGCCAUCCAGAAACCUGAAAACUAUGAAAAGGACUCACUUUUUGUCUUUUCUGCUUUCAAACCGCUUGAUUUCAAGUGGCUCAGACAGAUGGUCUUCAAGGAAAAGCUGAGGGGCACGGAGGGUUUCUGGAAGUCGGUGGCCCACUACGUGCCCCGGGAGCCGGCGGACAUGAGAAUCCUCAAUCCCUAUUUUAUCCAGGAGGCUGCCUUCCAGUUCAUAGGCCUGCCUUACAACAACGGCGUCAUGGGCAAAGGGAACAUUCCAACUUUGGGAACGGUUGCCAUAACGAUGGCACUGCACAACUGUGACGAGGUGGCGGUGGCCGGUUUUGGUUACGACAUGAACACGCCCCACGCUCCUCUGCACUACUACGAGACUGUCAAGAUGUCCGCCAUUAAGGAGUCAUGGACACACAACAUCUCCAAGGAGAAGGAGUUCCUCCGCAAGCUGGUGAAGGCCAACGUUAUUACAGACCUCACCAACGGCAUCUGAGUCUGCUCCCACCUACCGUCUUCCUCUGGCAUUCCCAAAGUACAGAAGGCUGGAAGCUGGGAGAUGAAUGGAGAGGCGGGGAUGAGGACCCUCCGAUCAGCCGAUCAACAUACGAUGCACGAUUGUGCCUUCAGAACCAAAGACUCCUGCUCUGGAGGCUGGAGGGGGAUGCAU